AUGGACCCAGCAGAAUUUGGUAUUUCAACCCUGCCAUUGCAGCAUGCGCCCUACGAUAUCAUCUCCCGAGACACACUAGCCGGAACGAACAACGGUAAAGUCGCGAUCAUCACCGGCGCUCAGCGAGGCAUCGGAGCCGCGAUUGCGGAAUCACUCGCGGCAUCAGGGGCGAAUGUAGCCUUACUCGACCUCUCCGAAGAGUCGCUAGCGCAGACUGCAGCAGCCUGUGACGCUCACGGCGUCAAGGUGAAGACGUACGGGUGCGAUGUGACGGACGAUGCCAGAGUGAAGGAAGUUCUUAGCUCAAUCGAAAAGGACUUGGGUCCCAUCGACGUACUCGUCAACAAUGCCGGUGUCAUGGUGCAUCGCCCAUUGCUCAUGUCGACGUUCAGUGGCUUUUGGCGGCAGAUCGAGGUCAAUUUCAAAGGCCCACUGCUUCUCAUGUCCGAGAUCCUACCGCGUAUGCGUGACCGAGGCCACGGCUGCAUCAUCAACAUCGCCUCUCGAAGUGGCACUGUAGAUGUGCCCAUGGCACUCGGCUACAACACAUCCAAAGCCGCACUGAUUCGGGCCACUCACACUAUGCAGCGAGAGAUGGAAGUCGACGGUCUCGACCCUGCGAUCCACAUGUACGCGCUUCAUCCAGGUGGCGUUCUGACGGACAUGGGUGGCUCAGAGGCGGCACCGGACGUAAAGGCCAAGUACGGAGACCACACGCGCGAUGAAGCGACCUUCAGAUCCUUGUUCAAGGACCCGCCAAUCCUUUGUGGCCAAACAUGUGCUUUUCUGGCCGCCGGAAAGGGAAAGGAGCUGCGUGGUCUCUAUAUCGACUGUCGUCAGGAUAUGGCCAAACUGUUGGCUGUUGGUCGUGAACGCCUGCUUGGCGAGAAGUACAACACUCUGGGUGUAAAGUUCUUGGAAGGGUACUGCAAUGAGCCUUAA